AUGUUGGCAGAAGGCAUCUUAACCAGCCUCAUAUACAAGGAGAGCUGUCAUCAAGAUAAACCUCGCAAAUCUUAUGCAUCCAAAAAGGAUGAAGAGGGGAUCUGGAGGCAGAAACUUGCAGACAACCCCAAAAUUAAAGGCUUUGCCGAUGGCCAGGAGAAGGAGGAUGAGAUUGCUGAUAGUAGCAAAGUGGAACGCAGGAACGCUCCUCAACGGAGAUCCGUAAGAGACGUACCUGCCAGUGAGCAGAAAAGUCUUGUUAAAGGAACUGUGUCGCCAGCUCUACACAUCCCCAGAAGAGACCACAACCCUGAGCAGGUGGAUUUGUACAGAUCCUGGUCAUGCAACAGCAUUUAUCAAAACUAUCCCGACUUACACAUCGGGGGAGACCAUGUGGGGGACCACCCAUGCGAUUCGGGUUGUGUUUUGGACCACCCGUGGGAUGAGCUUCCCAAUGGCCCUAUUCUACUGUCUGUAGACAUUCCUCUAGGUCAGUCCCCGCUGUGCGAGCAUCCCGAAAAGCCGAGUCUGAAGUCCCUGCCUGGAGAUGAAGCAGGGGAAAGGAGCAUCAUGCUCUGCGAGGAGCCUCUUUCAAACUCCGCGCUUAACAAGUACAUGGAAGCAAAAGUGGCGGAGCUCUAUAAACAGUUUUUUGAAGAAAACCUGACCAGGUGUGGUUCUGUGACAAACCUCCUCACCUGCAGUUUGAUAAGGAAUAACCUGAACCAGAUAAGCUUUCAGAUAUCCCAGGAGCAGAAUAUCGAAACCUCAAAAGCCAGAGAAGUGCUCCUGCACUCUUUAGCUUUGUUCAGUUUGCGCAACAUUACCCAUGGGAAUAGCUCUGAGUUCAGUACUCCAGACUUACAGAUCUCCAACCCAGCAUGUGUGAAAAAGAGCUGCGGGAUCCAGUUUACAUCGUGA